AUGUAUUUUAGCUAUGAUACACCUCAUAGAACAUACUGGGCCACUCCAGGGACAUACAAAGCUCCAGAGACUAUGUGUAUAAUGUUUCUGCAAUAUAUGGGUGAUAUGAGGAGAACUGUGUUCUGGGAGAACUACAAGCUCAAGCUGCCAGACCUUGGGCUAAGUGCUGUGGAAGCAAAGUACAUGAUGGAGAUGUGUGGGAAAGACAUUGUAACCCUAGCACAGUCUCGGGUGGCCAGACAUGCUGAUGCUAUGAGCUCACGCACACAUUUCAUGAUUGAGACCCUGAACAACCUCAAGAAUAACAAGAUCAAGAAGACUGCCGCAACACAGCAUCAGGGGGGCGAUGCUGUGGAGUGGAUGAAGAAGUUCCUAUCAAGUCUGGGGAAAAAGAAGCACGACUCACCUAUCUACUGCUAUGGUACGCUGUCUUCCCUGCGUUUUUCUCCCUCUAUGUCUCUAGAGAGCAAAGAUCCCAUUGGGCUUUGGAUUGGCCAUCUCCCAUGGGACUCGAUAUUCUCGGUGAUACUAGCUAUAAUAAUUAUCAUCAUCUUCGCAAUUACCAUGAAUCAAUUCAAUGGCCUUGGUUUCUUUUGGGUCAUCCUUGUUUUGUAUGGCAUUGUUGCAGUGGCAGGAUACCAGAUUGUCAUGGAUAUUUCCAGUACCAUCAUCACGAUCAUCUCAAUUGAACCCACACCUCGAAGCUGGCCUGAGCAAAAUCUAUCUGAAGUUUUGCUGGUGUGGUCUUUGAAGAAUGUCAGCUGGAGCAUCGUGGCUGUAGAGACAUAUACUCUAUGGUACUUUAAACACAUGGCACGGGGCAUAACAAAGAAAAUUGCCGCAGCGGUAAAUAAACCAGGACGGAAGGCAACUACCACCUUGGCCUCAGCUCUUCAGGAACAGCAUGAAGAAGCACAACAAACACUGCUGAAGGCAAAAGGGACUCAAUCACAUCACGCAUUCAACAUCAUCCCCAACAAAAACUCUGCGUCAGUGCUCGAGCUGUUCCUUGUCCAGAAGGGGUUAACGGAGGGAUGGAGUUUGAGCACAACUUGGGGCAUCUUCUCAGGAUUCAAAGAUAUGUGGAAGAAUGCGUGCAUCUUGUCUAUGUCUGGUUGUGCAUUUGAGGCUUUGGGACUCAACAUAAUUAUGUGCUACAGCAAGGGUGAGACUUACUGUGGUCCCUAUCACUGCGACAAGGGCACUGGGGUGGUCGCAGGAAACCCGGCCUUGUCAGCGGCUGCACAGGAUAUGAUGGAAGUCCUCAAGAACAAUGAGGGUGCUGAAGGUGGAAGCAGAAAUCAUGCAUCAGCCAUGACCAUCAAGGACAUGCGGAAACUCAUGGCCUGGUCCUACAGCCAGUAUCCGGACGAAGUUGUCAGCCACAUUUGCCAGUCUGUUGAAGGCAGGUCAACCCUUGACGUGGCUGACAUGAUUCUGGCCCAGCAGCAUCUCAUGGUGCGCGCAUUCUCAACAAUAGGCAUCAUGAUCUGGACACGGAAUUUUGAACUGACAAAGAUCAAGCGGAAAGACAUCAUUUGGAACUGCCAGGGACGCCCGCCCUAUGGCAUCCCCUUUGACCUGUGGAAGGGGGAAAUCGAUGGCGCACUUGAAGGUCACGAGUAUGAGGUCUAUGCUCAGCUGAAGACUCCCGAAAUCUGUAUGUUCAUGCACCUGCGAGCUUGGAUGAGUUUCCUGGAGGAGGUACUUCUCCAAUGGCCCUUGCAACCCGAAGAAUAUGUCUUUCCACGCAUUGGCACAAAUGGUGUUGUCUACCCUUCUGACGAGCUGUCCUAUGAUGCUGUCAUGAAGACACUGACUUGGAUUUGCACUGAGGCAGGGCUGACGGCCAGGUACACCAGCCACUGCUUCCGCCGAGGUGGUGUGAGGUAUUGGUUUAUGUUUGCACCCCUUGGAGAGUGCUGGUUGCUUGCUAUGAUACAUUGGUGGGGUGCGUGGGCUGAAGGCGAAAGUCUUACCCAAUAUGAGAAAAAUCACUGGGAUGCACUGUGCCCAAUUCCUCGGGAAGGUGACAAGAGCUUCAAUGGCGAUCACAUUUUGACAGCACCCAUUACUGCAGCGGAAACUCGGGAACUCAAGAUGUCAUUCGAUCGUGAGCUGAACCAUCUGUCUGGCAAAGUUGAGGAAGUCCUAGACAAACUAACCCUUGCUCCAGCCUCUUCCCCUUAUUCCUCGCCAUUGACAGCACCCUCACAACUUCUGAUCUUGGUCUCUUCCACCCAGUCUCUACAACCAACCCCGUGCCAUCAGGCCAUCCAUUCACCCUCUCCGCAGAGUACCACUGCUCCUUCUAUGAUACCCGUCCCAGUUCCCAUGGACUCGACUUCUUCUCCCUCACCUCCUGUCAUUCCUACAACACAGGCACUUCCCUCCAACAGCCGCCAGCACGGCACCACAACAAAAAAGGUAGCUCCCAUACCCAGUGUCGGGAUCCCGGACCUCCCACGUGAACCAGAGGCAUGGCGCACUGCUGUGAAGCAGUGGGAAGACCCUGCUGCAUCUAUCGGCGGUAAGGCACUGAAGGAUUGGCCGGAGGAGUGGUAUACCAGACCUAUGUGCACGAUCACUGGCGUGAAGUGGAACAUCUGGAAGGUGAUCGCUAUGGAAUUCUAUUGGCUGCAGCAGGAUGAGGCAACAUUUGUGGAAGCAUACCCUGAGGCAACCUGCGGUGUCAAGCCACUUUUUGAUGCAAUCCAACGCCAACGCGAGGGACAGGGUGAAAUCACUGGACGAGCAAGCAAGAACAGCCGCCCAGAAGUCCAAGUAUCCUCCCACUGA